AUGUCCUCGUUAUUCUCCGAGCCACCAGCGAUUAUUGUGAAAACAAUUGAGCUGCAGGUGCCCCUUGAUGCCAGUUUCACCUCGAAAGCAGUGGCGUUGCCCAACAGUCAAGAAGAAGGCUACUCGUCGGUUUACAGAAAUGGCUAUUCUCCCGAUCGGUUAAUCUCGGUUCCGUACCCGGGGUUGAACACAUUGUACAGCAUGUUUGAGGUUUCCACUGCCGUGAACCCCAAUUUGAAGUGCUUGGGGCACAGAGUCAAGAAAGACGACGGCACGUUUGGCCACUAUGUGUGGCAGGAUUUCAAGACUGUUCAAACAAGAAGAAACAAUUUGGGGUCGGGCAUUUUCUUCAUUUUGCAGAAUAACCCCUACAAGACCGAGAGUAGAGUUCAUCAGAAUUUGCAGUAUAACCCCGCCAUUAACGCGAAGGGGGCUGAUCGCGAGUCGUUUAUCUUGACGAUUUUCUCCCAUAAUAGACCCGAGUGGGAUAUUGCAGACUUGACGUGUGCGGCGUACUCCAUCACCAACACGGCGUUGUAUGAUACUUUGGGUCCCGACACGAGCAAGUACAUUUUGAACUUGACCGAAUGUCCAAUUGUUCUUUGCACCAAGGAUAAAAUCCGGGGCCUAGUCGAGUUGAAACAGAGCAACCCCGAAGAAUUGUCCAAUUUGAUCAGUAUUGUCUCCAUGGAUGAUUUGAAUGAGGAAUCGGAUUAUGCGUUGAAAGAAGCUUGUCACGAGCAAAAUAUCGCCUUGUUUGACUAUACGCAAGUUGAAAGGUUGGGAGAGAUUAACCCCUUGCCACCAAUUCCUCCAACGCCGGAAACGAUAUUCACCAUCACUUUUACUUCUGGUACCACGGGGGCUUACCCCAAGGGUGUUGUCUUGACUCACCAAAAUGCCGUUGCUGGAAUGGUGUUUAUGUACUCCAACUUUCAAGGCCAAAGAGAAUCAGUUAUGCUUUCGUUUUUGCCAUUAGCCCACAUCUACCAGCGGUUAUACGACCAGUUCGCCUUGGCUGCCGGUGGCUCGAUUGGUUUCCCGCAAGGGCCAUCGCCAUUGACGUUAUUGGAAGACAUUCAAGAGUUGAGACCACAUGCAUUGGCCUUGGUUCCUCGAGUCUACACCAAAUUAGAAGCGGGCAUAAAGGCGCAAACCAUCAAUAAUGAUGAAAAGCCAUUCUUGAAAUCGCUCUUCACUAAAGCCAUCAACAAGAAGAUGGAGUUGCAAGCUAGGCCCGAAAACGAACAUUCGAAUCCGUCGCAUUUCUUCUAUGACAGAUUAUUGAAUUUAUUGCGUAAAAAGAUUGGCUUCAAUAACGUAAUGUCGAUGAGCACGGGGUCGGCUCCAAUUAGUCCCGAGACAAUCAAGUUUUUAAAAGCCUCGUUGAACACGGCGUUGCCUCAGGGUUACGGUAUGAGUGAAACGUUUGCCGGCGUCAUGGCAAGUUCUGGGUUCGAAACCGAGUCAAGCUCAUGCGGUGCCAUUGGCAUCACCACCGAAUGCAGAUUGAGAGAUUUGCCCUCGAUGGGAUACACCAGCAAGGAUGAAGGCGGGCCAAGAGGCGAAUUGUUGUUGCGUGGUCCCCAGAUUUUCAAAGAAUAUUUCAAAAACCCCGAGGAAACCGCCAAGUCGUUUGAUAAAGACGGCUGGUUCCACACGGGCGACGUUGCCCGUAUCGACUCGACUCGAGGCAACAAAAUAUACAUUAUUGACCGUGUCAAGAAUUUCUUCAAAUUAGCCCAGGGAGAAUACGUUACCCCUGAGAGAAUCGAAAACACCUACUUGUCAUCUUUCCCAUACAUCCAACAAGUUUUCGCUCAUGGUGACUCGUUGCAAACGUAUUUGGUUGGUGUCAUUGGCUUGGACCCCACGUCCAUCUCGGCUUACAUUAAAUCCAAAUACCACGAAACCAUCACUGAGCCCCACGACAUUAUCAAUUUCUUCCAAGAUCCCGCGCACAAGAGACAAUUGCUCCUUGAUAUGAAUGACGCUGUCUCGGGCCAAUUGCAUGGAUUUGAGAAAUUGCACAAUAUCAAGAUUGACAUUGAACCGUUGACGGUGGAGAAGAACUUGGUAACGCCUACUUUGAAGAUUAAACGGCCCAUUUGCGCAGCUUAUUUCAAGGACGAUUUGCAGCUGUUGUACGAUGAAGGUUCCAUCGUUAGAAACGGAAAGUUGUAA